CUGAACCAGAUAGUAUCUCUCAAGCAUCCAGCGCCACAGCGUCAUUUCUUCACACACCAGCUCUGGGUGACAGCUCAGUAGGGGUGUUUGGGAAAACAGCUUGCUGUGAGAGACGUCUCAGGGAGUUCUACCGUCUAGAUCCAGGUCACUUGAACGACUGGCAUAGCACUGCAUCACUUGACACAGCCCACUCACAAACGGGUACGCAGGCUCUCUGCCUGUACCCCGUCCCCUUCACUCUGCACGCUCAUUUCCCAGAGAGCCCGGAGAGGUGAGAAUGGGAAAAUCCGAAAGCCAAAUGGAUAUCAUGGAAAAAUCAACCAAAACAGUGAAGCGCCGUUGGACUGUUGUGGAGAUCGGGCUAUCUGUGCUGUUGUUGCUGGUCAGCUGUGCCCUAGCUGGACUGAUAGUCCUCUACACUUCGGCUUUGAGAGAGCAAUCUAAUAUAUCUGGUGUGUCAAGGAGCUCAGUCACCGAGGGGCAGCAGUAUCGUUCUGCCCCCAGCAAUGUUUGCACAACUCCUGAGUGUGUUACUGCAGCUGCUCGUCUUCUGCAGAACAUGGAUGCAACGGUAGGGGCUUGUCAGAACUUCUACCAGUAUGCCUGUGGGGGCUGGCUGGAGCGCCAUGUCAUCCCAGAGACCAGCUCCCGCCACAGCGUCUUCGACAUCCUCAGAGACAAGCUGGAGAUCGUGCUUAAAGGAGUUUUUGAGACUGAGAGUGAUCAGGACCGUGAUGCCUUCAAGAAGGCCAAAACUCUCUACAGCUCCUGCAUGAAUGAGACUCUGAUAGAGCAGCUCGACUCCAAGCCUCUCAUGCGUCUCAUCGACAGCAUAGGAGAUUGGCCUGUUGCCUCAGAGGACUGGAACAGCGCUACAGAACAGGCUUGGAGCCUGGAAGAUACUCUAGCCACCCUCAACUCUCAUUACCACAAAAAGGUUAUUCUGGACAUGUAUGUGUGGACGGAUGACCGCGACUCCCGGCGCCACAUUAUCUACAUUGACCAGCCAGGACUGGGAAUGCCAUCCAGAGAUUAUUACUUCAACGAUGGAAACUACAAAAGGGUGCGAGAGGCCUACUUGCAGUUCAUGGUUUCCAUGGCGAGGAUUGCCCGCGAGGCCAGGAACUUGACCCAGGAAGAUGACCGUGUGGUGGAGGAAAUGGUGCAGGUGCUGGAUCUAGAGACAGAUAUAGCCAAUGCCACAUCCCCUGCAGAGGAACGUCAGGAUGUCACGAUUCUCUACAAUAAGAUGACCCUUAGUAAACUGCAGGAGUCCUUCAAUCUCAACGGUUUUAACUGGACAAGGUUUGUGCGUGGAGUGUUGUCCAGCGUGGCUGUGGACCUACAGCGAGAGGAGGAGGUGGUGGUCUACAGCUCUCCUUACUUAGAGAAGAUGAACAACGUGCUUUCCAAACACACUGUCAGAACUUUGCAGAACUACCUUACCUGGCAGCUCGUCAUGGAGAGAGUCAGCAGCCUGAGUCGCCGCUUCAAAGAUGCCAGGGCACAGUACAGAAAGGCACUGUAUGGGACCACUGUGGAAGAGGCACGGUGGAGAGACUGUGUGCGUUACGUCCAGGGCAGCAUGGAGAACGCAGUGGGUGCUCUGUAUGUGCGAGAGACCUUUGCUGGUGAGAGUAAACGCAUGGUCAGUGACCUCAUCAGUAAGAUCCAGGAAGCGUACGUGGAGACACUUGAGGAGCUGAACUGGAUGGAUGACCAGUCUAAGGAGAAGGCAAGAGAGAAGGCCAUGGCCAUUAAGGAGCAUAUUGGCUAUCCUGACCACAUUCUGGAAGAGAGCAAUCUGAAGCUUGACCAGGAGUAUGCCCAUCUGAACUUUAGUGAGGAGAACUACUUUGAGAACGUCCUUGAGAACCUGCAGGCUGAAGCACACAAGACUUUGAAGAAGCUGAGAGAGCCAGUUGACCCGGACAUGUGGAUUAUUGGCGCUGCUGUUGUCAAUGCUUUCUACUCGCCAAACAGAAACCAGAUAGUAUUCCCUGCCGGUAUCCUGCAACCUCCUUUCUUCAGUAAGCAGCAGCUCCAGGCCCUGAACUUUGGUGGAAUAGGGAUGGUUAUUGGACAUGAGAUCACCCACGGGUUUGAUGACAAUGGCCGUAAUUUUGACAAGGAUGGUAACAUGCUUAACUGGUGGAGUAAUUAUUCUGCUGAGCACUUUAAGGACCAGUCACAGUGCAUGGUGCAACAGUAUGGCAACUUCAACUGGAAGCUUGCAGGAGGACAAAAUGUCAGUGGAAUUAGUACUUUGGGGGAAAACAUUGCAGACAACGGAGGAGUUCGGCAAGCUUACAAGGCCUAUAUGAAGUGGGUGGAGAGAGAAGGAGAAGAGCUUCGUUUACCUGGUCUGGACAUGGACCACAAGCAACUUUUUUUCCUUAACUUUGCCCAAGUAUGGUGUGGUGCCUAUCGGCCUGAAUAUGCCAGCCAGUGCAUCAAGACUGACUCCCACAGUCCCCUGGAAUACAGGGUACUCGGCUCCCUACAGAAUUUUGGAGCAUUCUCAGAUGCAUUCCAGUGCAAACCGGGUACUCCCAUGAAUCCUGAGAUUAAAUGUCGGGUGUGGUAGCCAGUUUGGGCUUUUCUCUACUCUUGUUAUUUAUUUCUUGACUUGGGGCAGCUAAACAAAAGAACAUGCUUAACAACCACCUUGUGUUAUACUGACGCCAAAGAGGCAUCCUGCUUUGGAGUAUGUCCGAUUGAUUUACAUGGCAGAAGAUAAGACAUUUACAUAAGUGUUACAGAUUGGAUGACUGACCAAACUACACCCUAGUAUCACCACUUGAAGCAGACGUAAACUAUGAUGAGACACGAAAAACACUUGCGUAUGUACUUAUAUGGCUACUCUACCUAAAGAUGUUGUCUGUGGGUGAACAUUUUUGCUUGUUCUUGUUUACAAGUGGUUUUGUUGUAUACAUGCAUACAUCUGAAGCUCCUAUGGACCAAUGUGGCUGGUCAGUGGAUACAUGUGUAGUCGGGCAAAUGUAGGACAUUCCUAAGACCUUGUAGAAUAUGUUUGAGCCAAGCUGGCGUAAUAUGCUUUAACUGACUUUUUAAAGAAUUUCCUAAACUCUUUGUUCUUUUUGCCAAGUCAUUCAGAUGACAAAUCCACAGCGCUUUUAAGCCCACAUAUUUAGUGGCUUUCAUUUAUGUGCAAAAAGUAUCUUUUGGUACUGAGUUGCCUGGUAUGAUCCUGUCUGAAAUGGAACAUUUGUUUUUUAAGACAUUUUGCCACAGGGCAAGAGGCAAAAGUGAAUAAUAAGUCUGACAUUACAGUGUGACUAUGAAAUGAAUAAAGGCUCUGUGAAAAUGAAGAGCAGCGGUGACCUAGAGAUGGACAUAAUUAGUCUCACUCCUAGGCUAAGGCUUGGCUACGUCACUCUUUGAAAUGAAACCAUUUACCUGAAGACAUCAGACUGUUAAACCUUUGCAGCUUUAACCUUAUAUGAACAUUUUGAAAAAAAAAAAAAAAAAAAAGGAUGGCUUAAAAUGUUUUUGAUAUAGCAUAUAUAAAUGUGAGACCUACGAAGAUAAAUGCUUGGAAAUAAGUUUAAAUACUUGCUAGGCUAGCACGGUUUCGUUUGAGAUUAAUUUAUAGUGAUAAU